AUGGGAGCCACUGUAAAGAAGGUGGCAGGACUGGAGCAAGUCCCCGUUCCUGUGUAUCACCCAACCCCCAGCCAGACCCGGCUGGCAACACAGCUGACAGAGGAAGAGCAAAUCCGAAUAGCGCAGAGGAUAGGCCUUAUCCAGCACCUACCCAAGGGAGUCUAUGAUCCUGGAAGAGAUGGCUCCGAGAAGAAGAUCAGAGAAUGCGUCAUUUGUAUGAUGGACUUUGUGUAUGGGGACCCUAUUCGAUUUCUGCCGUGCAUGCACAUCUACCACCUGGACUGUAUAGAUGACUGGUUGAUGAGAUCCUUUACCUGUCCAUCCUGCAUGGAGCCAGUGGAUGCAGCACUGCUUUCAUCAUACGAGACUAACUGAGCCAGGGUUUCUUCGUGAACCUUCAAGGAGACCAUCCACUUCAAUGGGUUUGAUCCUUUUGUCAUUCAGCCCAAAGAGCCAGAAAUUAGGAAUUAAGGUUAUGCACAAAACAUACAUUUCCUAAUGAAUAAAAAAUACUCCUGAAUGGCUGCAAAUAUUGGGAAAAAAAGCAUAGUAUUUUAGAGACUAUAGGAAAAAGUAGGUUGUUAUUUUUAAUGUAAAGCCUUGACCCACCAUUGUCUUUAAUGUUUGUUCUUACACCCACAUAUAGGAAUUGUAAAGUGUUACAGCAACUGUAAAUGUUUAAGCUGCGUGUAUCCAAUUUUAUUAGCAGUAAGAUAAGAGUAUUUUUUUUCCUAAAUAAAGUAACUUUUUUUUUUCUGAUUCUUUUCACGAGUCCUGGCAUUUGGGUCAAGGCUUUAUUAAAAUCUACAUUUUAUAACACUGGCACAAAGAAAUAGUUUUAAGCUUGUUUGCACAGUUCUUUUUUUUUUUUUUUCCCUCCAUUGGAGAUGGAAUUCAUUGCCUUAGGUCUUUUUAAUAGUGUAUUGUUAUCGUUGGGCUGGCUCUAUGCUUGAAAACCAGUUUAUUUAUAACCUGUUACAAGUGCUAUAUUUUGUUUGCAGUUAGGAAUAUGCAGACUUCGAAGUGAUCUCUCCUAGCUUGUAAGCAAACUGAGAUGCAUUACCCCUUUUCUGCAAGUGAUGUUGAAUACGAAGAUACAGAACAGGUCCUGCAACUGAAAUUACGGUCUCAUGGAUUUUAGAACUCAUUUCGGUUUGGACAAAACAAAUCCUUUCAUUUGGAUGUCUACUUGAACUUGAACUUGAUCAAGAUAGAAGUGGACCAGAAGGACAAUAAACAGUGAAGCUGCUGCAAUUGGAAAAAAAAAUUAGAACUAAUAUAGGGUUAGAAGCAAUCACUUAUUCUACCUUUUUUCUCCCUAAAAAAUGGUUGUCUUGAAUUGCAGCAAAUGGAUACUGCAUCUCUUGUUCUUGUAGUUCUUAGGUUUCAGAAGUUAAGAAUAAACAUACUGUAUCUCAGUCUCCUGUAUUACAUGUAUCUGUUAAGCCCUGCUGCUGACACAUCAGUCCACCAAGCAGACAAGAAAUCUUACCAAGCAGAGAAAAAAUAUUUUGUUCUGCGCAUAAAUGCAGCGUUUAUAUGAAUGCAGAUUGUCAUAGCAGCAAUGAAGGGGGAGAAUAGUACUGCUGUAGCCAGAGUGACACCAUUAGCUCAUUUCUGCAGCAAAAUUAUGUGCUUAUUACAAGGUGGUCUUGCAAGAUUGCAGCUGUAAGGAACUUUUAUCCACUUAGCAUGUUUUUUUUCUUUUUUCUUUCUUAAUGUACCCUGCAGUGACUUGUAUGCAUUCAACGCAGCGCUGAUACAUUGAGAAGUCUCAGUCUUGCAAAAUGAGAUGCAAUCUCACGUUAACCACAACAAAUCAGGGAAUGUUCUUGAUUGUUUUUCACAUGCAGUUUGAGAACUUGUUCUAUCAACUUGUGCUUAAA